GUCCAUAAUACCCUGUGCUUCUUCCCGCUGUACAGCAGGUACACUCUCUGUUCGACGACUUUGUUCUUUCUGCCGAAUAUUUUCCCCAUCGACUGUACAUCAUCUCGCAUUUCCUGAAUUGAAGAAUACAUUUGCUUAUUCGCGGGAUCGCAAUGUCCUCAUCCCCAACGCCGGUCGCGGUCCCUUACCAAGCAUAUAGAUCCAAGCGACAUGGGAGAACUUCGUCCGCAAACUUCAACAAUAGUGCCCCAUCUUCCCCUCCCCUCCAGGCCUCGCGCCCUUCAAGCAUGGUGUUCGGUAGCCCCGGCCUAAACGGCAAUGGUGGUUUCUCCUUGACGAAUGGUGCACCUAAUGGAAACGGCGUCGCACCACUAGCUGCAGCUGCAGAAAUCUUCCCCGUCGAGAGAAAGGCUCCCAUCACACCAGAGGCGAACAGCAUUAUCUCAGUUUUCCAAGAAGAGAAGCCCAUCCCAACACCGACGCCAACUCCCGAGCCUAUCUCUAUCCAUGUCACCCCGCACAUCAAUGGGCCCGUUUCUCGCACCGAAGACUCCCUACUUCCUGCUCUCCCAAUAAUCAAGGUGGAAAGCGCAUCAACUGCCCCCAUAAAUGGCGACGCGAAUCCAACGGAGAACGGCGAGGAUGGGGAGGUAAAGAUAGACGUUGAUUCGCCAACUACGCCCACUGCCCUCGCAAGCGCCGGUGCUAGCGUAAACGGACCUCAGAAUGGCAAGGACAAACGACCGGAAGUUUCAACUUCUCCACCAUCCUCGAAUCCCCCAGUGGCCUCACCGCCAUUACAAGCCUCUGCCAUGCCCUCUUCGCCUCCAAGUUCAUCGACAUCAAAGCCUUUGCCAGGCUCACGAAAGAUAUCGACAUUCAGACGCGUACCUCUCCGUCCAUCACCACUCAACCCCGAGGGGUCAUCGACAUCGCCGCGAUCCGUGUCCACUUCGGUGAUUCCGUCUCCUCAGCAAAUACACACCCGCCUACCAUCAAAGGCUACCCUGCUGCCGAGGCAGCUCGACCCACCUGCUCCUCCACCCAAGCCUGCUCACGCUCAACCCCUCAUGCACCAGCGUACAAUCUCGUCAGGCUCUUCAACAUCGCCUCUCGGAUCGUCUCCAACGACCAUAUCCCCUCUAGGCUCGCCGUUCUCGCCUACCCCUCCCACUGGCUCGCUUAUGCCCUCACCAAUGCCGGGGUCCUCUCUCAGAAACUCUCCCUUACCCUCCCCUGCGUCUGCACGCGCUCCGAUCCUUGGUACCCAGUCUCCUCCAGCUCGCACUCCGAUUCCACAGACCCCCGCUGCACUGGCCGCACCUUACGCCGUGCGCACGAAUUUACACUCGACCACGCCGUCCUCUUCUGCACCCGCCACGCCAUCUAUGCCACUGCCCGGCGUCGCUCCACCAGGCAAAGCAAGAACUACGGCACCAUAUCGUCCCGGGUUCCAGCCAAAGGGCGUGUACCGCCCGCGAACAGACGCGUUCAUCGAGGCACGGAAUGCACAUCUCGAUGAGGCGCGCAUCGAACGCACGAAGCUGGAGCGACGCUUUGAGAAGCUCGUGACGCUGCAUUUCCCGGCCGAGGAGAAGGAGAAGGGCAAAGAGCGUGGGCGACUUGGGUCGGGAUCUGGGUCGGGAUUCAGUGGUUCUGCGGGAGCGGCGCCGGCGGUGGCAGCAGCGGUAGCGGCGGGGCAGAAGAGACCGGGGGUCGGGCUGCGCGGGGGUCCCGGGGCGAAGGAGGUGGUGAGGAGGUCGAGCAGUUUCUUCGAUCCGGAGACGUGGAAAGGGCUCAAACCGGGUGAGCUGUGGAAAGGUGUCGUGUCGGGUGGGGAGAAGGACGAGAUCAGAGUCGCGGAGCAGCGCAUAGCACCCUGGGCAGACGACAGCAGCGAGUCGGCCUGUCCGAUUUGCACCACGUCUUUCCAUCCGCUUACAAACCGGCGGCACCACUGUAGACUUUGCGGAAAGCUGGUGUGUGCAUCACCGCCUGCACCCGGAAGAACCGCCUGUUCGAUCCGUUUCGUCGUUGACGGGCGCACGCGCGCGAUCGAGGAAGUGGGCGAGGGCGUGGAUUAUGGGGUGCGCCGGCGCACGAGUUCGAUAAGCGCGGGUGAUGGAAAAGGCAAGGGCAAGGGCAAAGAAGAGGACGAGGACAAGUUCUUAAAGGGUGUGAGGGUGUGUGCAGAGUGCCGACCUGUGCUGAUACGACGGCAGUACUAUCAUUCAAUGAGUCGGAUACCGCCAUUCGCUCGGUAUUACGAUGCUCUCAUAUCCCUGGAGAAAGAGAUUGGUGAGGACCUACCUCAAUUUCAGGAGCUAGUCCUCAGCCUGUCGCAAACACCUGACGCACAUCCACCCAAGGAGGCAACGGCAGCACGGAAGCGUCUUCUUGACGCUUUCUCAUCCUACGAUGCACUCUCAAAGCGAAUCUUAUCCCUACCCACCCCUGGCGGCCGUGGCUCAUCGCAGGACCGCGUCCAACGUGCGAUUGGGAUGCGCGCCACCGCCUUCUUGCAGCAGAACAUGGUCGGGCUGCAGGCACUACCUAAACCCACCCGGCGGGCCACCAACGGCUCCGGCACACCCAGCACUCCCGGUACGCCGGGCACGCCUGCGACAGAGGUGUCGGACGGUCGGGCGGAUGCACUGGACGAGAGCGCGCGGGCGCUGCAGCCGCUGCUCGAGCAGGAAGCGCUCCUGGAGGGCUUCGUCGAGGAAGCUAUGGCGCAUCGCAAGUUCGAGGACGCGAGGACGCUGAGGAAGAAUCUGGCUGAAAUACGCGGGGAGAUCUCGAGGAUUGUGGGCACUGGUGGUGUCGUGCCGCCGUCAUAGGCAAUGCGGGCGUGGUUUUCACACCUCAGGAUGGGUCGACAUUUGCGCAGCACCCCGUUCCACCCUAUGCCACUGUCGGUGCCGUCAUCUUUAAAUGCCUCAGUUUUGCUUCACCAUCAUGUGGACGUCAUUCUAGAUGCAAAGUCAAGAAUAGAGAACAUGGAUCCAUUUGUUAAUCUUACAUCACACUUCAUGCAACCGGAACACAGGCAUUCUUAUUCAUAGGUAAUAUUUAUCAUGGAUGCUAGAUGACCAGAAACAGAGCAAUGCGACUUUAUAUGCC